GGAGUUAUACCGGAAAUGCCAAUGCUGCUGGAAAAAAACCCAGACAAGCGUAUGCUAGCGUGAUGCUAAGGUUCAGAGGAGGUAAAUUAAGCCUGGAUUUUUAUUAAAAGUCUUACAAAUAACAAAAUAUUAUUAUCUUAAGUUGGCUACCGACCCAGUCCGGUUUGCUGCUAUUGGAAUGGACCACAAAUGCAGCCGCAGUAUGGUUUCCAAGCCCGGUGUCAUUGGCAGAGCUGUGGAAAACCUUCUGAUAAGCACCGCAGGUUGUGAUCGCACGGUGUUCCGCAUGCUGGAGUGAGGCAGAUGCAUCCAGAUGAAGGGAGUCCACAUGGGGACUUAAAACCAGCAAACUGAAGUUGAUUUCUUGAGUUAUUCGUUGCCAUGCGUAUUAGUUUCUGCCAAGGCCUGCUGACUGCUGCCAUCGUCCUGAACCUCUUGAUACUCUACUAUGUGUCUCGAGCCCAGCAACAGAUGAUGGAGAAGAGGAACGAGCUUGGCCGAGGAUCCAGACGGGCUGUUUUGCCGGCCUCUGGGCUUGGAGGAGGUCUGGUGGUCGCAGGGGGGGCUGGAGGAGAUCGUGUAUUGGUUGGAGUUGAAGGACACGGUCGAAGUGCCCGGGUGACUGUUCUGCUGCGGGAGUUUGAGAACUUUGAAAACUUCGUGGGAGACGUGGCAAAUUCUUUCCUCCAUCAGAGAGCUGAUCUUCCCUUCCUGGCCGUGGCUGACGUGCCUCCGUAUCCUCCUCUGGUGCUUCCUGAAGGCGCUCGGCUGCUCGUUCUCUCCCCUAGCCCGGACCAGCCGCCCCAAGCUCACAGGCCAGAGUUUCAUGUCCAAACAGAGUUUGUGUUCCUGGUCCCUGAUGGAGUGGAGCUGGAACAACCUCGUGUGAUAGAGAGGCUCAUCAGGGAGCUGGAAGGCGAGGGCGGGGGUCCUGUGCGGAUGGUUGCUGCACCUGUGUUGGUCCGGUCAGCCGUGCAGUGCCUCCAUCUGCGAGUGAACCUCAGGGAGUGGACGGCCACCUACUCACCAGCCGCGUCUGGAAGCAGCGGGAGUGUCUGUACCGCAUUACAAGGCGAUGCUGUGGUCCUAAUGCGCACCGAGGAUCUUUUUAACCUCUCUGUCCCCCUGAGUCGCCCUCUUUUUCCAGCACUUUUCAUUCAGACUGCCCUGAGAGGUUGGAAGGUCAAACUCCUGGAAAGCCCCUGUUUUUCAGCAACCCACCGUCCACUUUUCAGCUCUGCGCACAACCAGUGGAAAGCAGACACUCGGAUGAAGGAGGCUACAAACAAGCUCAUGAAGAGUUUUGGUGUAAAGCGCCUCCUGCUGCCUGAUGGGAAGGAGCAGUGGUUUGGCUGUAGUAAAGAAACACCUCGCUGCUUUGGCACUGUGCAGGAUGACACCCCAGACUACCUUUAUUUAGAGCGCUGGACACCCCCCUGCUGCUUGCGAGCGCUCAGAGAAACCACAAAAUACGUUAUUAACAUCCUGGAGAGUUCUGGUGUGCGCUACUGGUUGGAAGGAGGUUCUCUGCUUGGGGCCGUUCGCCAUCAAGACAUUAUCCCGUGGGAUUACGAUGUGGACCUGGGGAUCUAUCUGGAGGAUGUGCCCAACUGUGAUCACCUGAAGAACCUGGAUUCGGGCUCCUUGGUGGAUGCGAACGGUUACGUGUGGGAGCGCGCUGUGGAAGGAGACUUUUACCGAGUCCAGUACAGUGAGGCCAACCACUUACACGUUGACCUGUGGCCUUUCUACCCGCGCAACGGCGUCAUGACCAAAGACACGUGGACGGACCACAAGCAAGACGUGGAGUUCCCAGAACAUUUCCUGCAGCCUCUGGUGCCCAUGCCUUUCGCCGGUAUCACGGCUUUUGGCCCCAACAACCACAAAGCUUUCUUGGAGCUGAAGUUCGGAGAGGGGGUGAUUGAGAACCCUCAGUACCCCAACCCAGGUAAAAAGAGGCUGGACAGAAGCAAGUUAUGAGUAACACUAGAUAUUUGCAUGAACUUUUACUGCUGGACUGUUUGAAAAAAUCUUCUCAUGUUGUUUGUCUUCAAAAGAAAGUUGCUGUUUUGUGUUUUUUUUUUGUGUGUGUGUUUUGUACAAAUAAGCAAAAAUAUUAUUAAAACAUGAUUACUAAAACAAACAAAAAAGACAACAUGCAAUGCCAGGAUGACUGCUGAUACGACAAAAGUCUUUAUUUGCAGAUUAUUUUUAUUUUGUUUUUAAAAUGUUUAAAUGUGUUUUUUUUUGAGAGACUUUUACUGCUGACUUGAAAAAUAUAAGUCCAAACUAAAGUGUAGGUAAAUGUAAAAAUUGUGUUAUUGUAUUAUGUGUGUAAAAAAAGUCUUUAAAGAUGAGAAAUAAGUUAUUCUGAGGUUAUGUUUUACAUUGUAAGCUGACAAAUACAGAAUUGAGUUAAUAAUCUUGUCAUCAGAUAUUUUCAGAUUUGUCAAAUAAUGUUGCCUUCUUUCUAUACUUCCUGUUUUUUUUUUUUUUUAACUGACCAGUUAAUGAAUGUUAUUAUACCAAAAACUGGUUGGUAUUUAGCAGUUCAAUAAACAGAUUUGCAAAAAGAAAGAGGAAAUCUAUUUGUUAAUGUACAACAAGAUAUAAAAAAAGAACAAAUAUUGUGCUACAAUUUGGUGUUUUGUAUUUUAUUUUGUGUCUAUAUGCUAAAAUUGUUUUCAUCUGUCUUAGUUGUAUUUAUCUUUUUAGGUUACAUUUUGUCUUUGGAAUAUAUUUUAGAAUGUAAAAUGUAAUUAUUAUUAUAUUACCAGUAUUCUGAUUUAUUUGUUUCCCAUCUCCUUUCAUAAAGUGUGUCUUAAAACUACGUUUUGUCUUAAAAUUACAUUUUUUUUUUGUCUUUGCAUUAAGUUUUUUGUCUGGUUUUGUUGUCUCUUUGUACCACGCCUCUUUCCUCAUACCUCCAAACAUGUGUGGCGUACACCCUUGGAGUAUGUUCUUACAAAACUCAAAUGUGAUACAAGUUACAGCUCAUGAAAUUGGAAGAACUGCUGUGCUUUGAGCUAAGUAUGUCAAAUUGCACUUGUGCAAUCAAGUUGACAGUUUUUUUAAGUGAGUUUAAGAGUCAAAAAGUCUGAAGAAAAAUGCCUACAGUGGGAAAAAAAUAGGAUUUUUGCUUUUAUUUCUAUUACUGGUUGUAUAACAAGAUUUUUUUUUUUGACUAAAUGUCAAAAAACAAUAAAUUAUAAUUCGUUUUUUAUGUUUGUUGUAACUUGUCAAAUUAGUGUCAAAGUCACCCCUUUUCUGAACACUAGGUGGCACAAUAAACAAAGCUUUACCUCUCCGAAUAAGGCAGGAAGGGCGGGGGAAGCAUAAGAGCCUAUGUGGGUGAAACCGGAAGUUACUCUAAAAAAACCGGAAGUUACCUAUGCUUCCUAUUUUUUUUUCCAAACCAGUUUCACAACUUGACAAAACGUUUCUUUGCAGGGGAAAUACUUGUUUCUCUCUCAUGUUAUUUAGACCAGAACUAUUCCUAGAUAUUAGUUAAAGUUAUUUGUUCACAAAAGUAAGCACAUUAUUAUUUUUUUUGUCAAAUGUUAAUGUGCCUUUCCAUGUACAAAUAAAAUAUGACAAUGUUGCUCUAGCCUAGAGCACUUCUAGGUGGUUUAAGUGCUUGUGUGGUGCACAGUUGAAAGCCCAAAAGACCCAAGAAGCAGAAAGAACUAAAAAUAAGGGAUUUUUAUUGUUUUCACCUAAUGGCUGUACAUUCGGAUUUUCUUCAUUUUUAGAAAAUAAAGCCUCAUUUUAAUAAAUUAAUUGCAGCUACCAUGGGCAACACAAAACAGUUUAAAUGAAGCACACAUUCAUAUGAUGUGAGCCCUCACAGAGGAAUGAUAACCUUACAGUUAAAAAAAAAAAA